CCACAAGCAAGAGAGUCAAGUGCUCACUGUUUUAGCAACAAAGCAAAUUAAGGUUAGAAGCAUGGCUGUAACGCUCAACUACUUUGCCUUUCAAUCCAUUCCUUCAGUUGCUCUUCUACCUGCAAGUGCUAAGAGAUCUCCCAUGUUUUCUAUGACUUCCACUCUGUACUCCAACUCUAAAGGGAAAGCAAUGUCUUUAGGUCAUGGUAAUGUUAACGCAGUCUAUCCCAUGCUACCAGAAAAGGUUGAAAUCUUCAAAUCCAUGGAGGAGUGGGUCAAGAGUGACAUCUUAACUCUCCUAAAAUCUGUUGAAAAAUCUUGGCAACCACAAGACUUUUUGCCAAAUCCUACCUCAUAUGGAUUCGUUGAGCAAGUCAAUGAACUCAGGGAGAGAACAAAGGACAUUCCGGACGACUACUUUGUUGUCCUAGUUGGCGAUAUGAUCACGGAAGAAGCCCUUCCAACUUACCAAGCACUUAUCAAUGGCACGGAAGUUUUUCACGAUGAAACGGGUAGCGAUAACACACCUUGGGCAACAUGGGCAAGGGGAUGGAGUGCAGAAGAAAACAGGCAUGGUGAUCUUCUCAACAAAUACCUCUAUCUUUCCGGACGAGUGGAUAUGAAACAAGUCGAGAAGACAACACAAUAUCUAAUUGGAUCAGGAAUGGAUGUUGGCACUAGGACAAAUCCCUACUUUUUUACUAUCUACGCAUCGUUUCAAGAAAGAGCAACAUUUAUCUCCCAUGGAAAUACAGCCAAGCUUGCCAUGAAGCACGGGGACGAAAAGCUUGCCCAAAUAUGUGGCACAAUUGCCGCAGAUGAGAAGCGCCAUGAAACUGCUUAUACCAAAAUAAUUGGGAAGCUUUUCGAGCUUGAUCCAAAUGAAACUGUCAUAGCCUUUGCCGACAUGAUGAGGAGGAAAAUAUUAAUGCCAGCCCACUUAAUGUACGACGGUUACGAUGAAAAUCUUUUUGAUCACUUUGCAAAUGUUGCCUCUCGGAUUGGUGUGUACACGGCCAGGGACUAUGGAAAUAUAUUGGAACAUUUGGUGGCUAAAUGGAACGUUGAAAAACUAAUUGGACUUUCAGGGGAGGGACGAGCAGCCCAGGACUAUGUAUGUGGAUUAGCUCAAAGAUUAAGAAGGUAGAGGAAAGAGCUCUAGCAAGGGCAAAAAAAGCACCCGCCGUUUCUUUCAGCUGGAUCUCUAGUAGGGAGGUGAAGCCAUAAUUAAGCAAAU